AUGAUCUCCAAGACGACUAAUGGUCAGCCUGAAGCGCUGGGCGUAGGCCUCUACGUACCGACGGUUGCCUUCUUCAACUCUGCUGACGAGAUCGACGUCGAAACGACCAUCUCCCAUGCAGCCUCCCUCCUCCAAGCCGGAGUUGCUGGCAUUGUCACGCACGGCUCCAACGGCGAGGCCGUUCACCUCGACCACGCUGAGCGUCAAGUUGUCAACAAGGCCACUCGCAAAGCCUUGGAUGACGCUGGCAAGUCGCACCUGCCGCUGAUUGUCGGAUGCGGCGCUCAGUCUACGCGAGAGACGAUCCAGCUGUGCAAGGAGGCCGCCGAGUCAGGAGGCACCCACACCCUGAUUCUCCCCCCGGCGUACUAUGGCGGUCUCGUGACGACGGAGUUGAUCAAGCAGCAUUUCAUCACGGUUGCCGACGCCAGCCCCAUACCAAUCCUCAUCUACAACUUCCCUGGUGCCACUUCUGGCCUCGACCUGAGCUCCGACACCAUUAUCGAGCUCUCACAACACCCCAAUAUUGUUGGCGUCAAGCUGACCUGCGGCAACACGGGCAAGUUGGCAAGGGUCAUCGCUGGUACAGCUGGCACCUCGUUCCGGACGUUUGGCGGAAGCUGUGACUUCACCAUUCAGACACUGGCCGCUGGCGGACAUGGUGUGAUCGCGGGCACGGGUAAUCUUGCCCCGAGAGCUUGCAUCCAGCUGUUCCAGACUUGGGAGCAGGGCAAGCUGGCGGAGGCAGCUCGCCUACAGGGUGUCGUCGCUGAAGGAGAUUGGGCGGCUAUUCAAGGUGGUUUCGUGGCGGUCAAGUCUGCGUUACAGAGAUACCGAGGCUACGGAGGACUACCCCGGAGACCCUGUGCGCCACUGGAGGGCAAGGCUCUGGAGGCCCAGUUGAAUGGCUUUGCUGAGUUGAUGGCAUACGAGAAGAAGCUUUCAGCACAGUAG